ACUCUACCAACAGUUGCCUAAGAUAUUUUUAUGGUUUACGGGACUGUCUUCCACAUGAACCAGGGAAAUCCAUUCAAGCUGAAGGCCCUGGUGGACAAGUGGCCUGAUUUCACAACUGUGGUUAUCCGCCCUCAGGAGGAGGAGAUGAUAGACGAUUUUGAUCACUACACCAAUACCUACCAAAUCUACUCCAAGGACCUCGACAACUGUCAGGAAUUCCUUGGCUCGCCAGAAGUCAUCAACUGGAAACAGCAUUUGCAGAUCCAAAGUUCACAGCCCAGCCUAAAUGAGGUGAUACAAAACCUUGCAGCCACUAAAUCUGUCCAAGUCAAGCAAACACGGUGCUUUCUCUAUAUGAUGGCUAAAGCAGUAAAGAAACUGGUUCCUUCCCUGCUGGACGUAAAGAAGUUAUCACCCAGCGAUGGCAAACCCAAGGCCAUCAACCAAGAGAUGUUUAAACUCUCCUCCCUGGACGCUACCCACGCUCCCUUGGUGAAUAAAUUCUGGCAUUUUGGUGGCAAUGAGAGGAGCCAGAGAUUCAUCGAGCGCUGCAUCCGGACCUUCCCCACCUUCUGCCUGCUGGGGCCCCAGGGGACCCCUGUGUCCUGGGGCCUGAUGGACCAGACAGGAGAGAUGCGGAUGGCGGGGACCGUGCCUGAGUACCGGGACCAAGGCCUUAUCUCUCACAUCGUCUAUUCCCAGACCCAGGCUCUAGACAAACUUGGCUUCCCCCUGUAUUCUCACACAGACAAGAAUAACAAAAUCAUGCAGAAGAUGUGUUACAGGCUGCAUUACGUCCCCAUGCCCUGUGACUGGAACCAGUGGCACUGUGUGCCCCUGUGAAGCAGCCCUGAACACAAGACCAUGUCAGAUGGGCCUAAGCCUGGGUGGACAGAGGGAAAUAAGAAAUUGUAAAUGUAACCAUCACUAAGGGAAUGGCACUACUUGGGCUCUGGGGAAGCAGCAUGAUGGGUCAACAUGACCACCCUGGUCCCUGCACAAAAAUUGCUGGCUUCUUUAGAUUUAUCAGUAGGAAGCAGCCCCAGGUAUUCCCGAUGUGGCCCCCACAUAAUUGAGCCCCCCACACUUCUGGGAUCUCUGUGACACUCCUUCAUCAGCUCCAUGUUGCCCCAAAUCGCUCCUCCUGGAAUUCCUAGGACAUGGAUUAUAUUAGUAGAGCCUUGACAAAUUUUCCGGGGAGGGGUAAUAUUUUCUGGGCAUUAUGAUUUAUUUCUCCUCCUUUCUACGGCUGCUUCCUUAGUUAUCAGCUAGUGUGUUCUGCUCAUUAGGUUUGUAGAGAUUAUCUUAUCUUCUGAUUGAUGCUUUAGAAGUACAUUAAAUACAUACAAAUAUAUAUGAGAUGUUAGGUUAAACAUAGUACACAUGAUAUAGCAGAGAGAGUUAAUAAGAAAAAGACAUAUGUUAGCCUGUCCUCUCCUCACUCCCACACUUCCCUAAACCCACCUGAACCCCAAACAAU